UCUGCUGUGGGACGGAGUCGCUCGUACACCUUUACCUCCCGCUUCUCGCUCGUGUCUCCGUGACCGGCGAAGCAACGGCGCGAGGAACAAACUUUUUUCGACGACCGAUUCCUCAUUCUCGAUCCGUUUUUCCAUCGAGUAGCUCGAUUCGAAGAGAGGAGCAAGUUAGUCCAGGAAGAAGGGAGAGAGAAACAGAUGGGAGAACGAGGAACGACUGGUCCAACAUCGUAAGAAGAUUGGUCGAUCGGGAGGUGUGGAGGCAGAAUGCGGUGAUCGAGAGUAAUAAACGUGAUAAGGAAGCCUUCGAAAGGCUUCAGGCCGAGGCAACCAUGCUGUUGCCGGCCGAUAUGCUGGCGGCUCAAUCCAAGAUGGUGUACCAGAUCAACAAGUAUUUCGGGGAGCGUGUGAUGACCAGGAAGAGCCAGGUGAUGAAGACGAUCCAAGAGGUGUGUCGCGUGGUUCAGGACGUGUUGAAGGAAGUCGAGGUGCAGGAGCCGAGGUUCAUCUCCUCGUUGACCGAUUACAACGGCCGUUUCGACGGCCUCGACGUGAUCUCGCCGACGGAGUUCGAAAUCGUGAUUUACCUGAAUCAAAUGGGGGUCCUGAAUUUCGUGGACGACGGAACGUUGCCCGGAUGCGCGGUGCUGAAGCUUAGCGACGGACGAAAGAGAUCCAUGUCCCUUUGGGUGGAGUUCAUCACCGCGUCCGGUUACCUGUCCGCCCGGAAAAUUCGCUCGCGAUUUCAAACGUUGGUGGCACAGGCCUGCGACAAGUGUGCCUAUAGGGACUCCGUAAAGAUGAUAGCGGACACGACGGAAGUGAAACUCCGAAUUAGGGAGAGAUACGUGGUACAAAUAACGCCGGCGUUCAAGUGCGCCGGCCUCUGGCCCAGAUCGGCUUCCCAUUGGCCCAUCGCGCACAUACCUUGGCCACAUCCUAAUAUCGUGGCCGAGGUGAAAACGGAGGGUUUCGACAUGUUGUCGAAGGAGUGCAUCGGUUUGCAGGGCAAACAAUCGGCUAUGGAGGGCGACGCCUGGGCGUUAUCCUUCAUAGACGCCGAGAACCGUUUGCUUCAGGGUGGUAGCAGGAAACGUUGCCUGAGCAUUUUGAAAACUCUGAGGGACAGACACCUCGAUCUACCCGGAAAUCCGGUGACCAGCUAUCACAUGAAAACCUUGUUACUCUACGAAUGUGAGAAACACCCGCACGAAGCGGAAUGGGACGAAACGUGCAUCGCGGAUCGCAUCAACGGGAUCCUUUUGCAAUUGAUCUCUUGCCUGCAGUGCCGCAGGUGUCCGCACUAUUUCUUGCCGAACCUAGAUCUGUUCAAGGGCAAGUCGCCUAGCGGUUUGGAGAACGCGGCUAAGCAAGUGUGGAGACUCACCAGGGAGUUGUUGACCAACAGUCGUGCUCUCGAGAAGCUAUAGUGAAGAAGAAAUUUCUGAUCUGUGCGAGAGGAUGAGGAAGAAAAUCUCUUGUUGUGUUUCGAGAAGAAGUUAUGGGUACCUGAAAUCGGGGGCCUACUUCUGGAAGAGAAUCUUCGAGCAAGCUGCUCGAUCAUGAUUAACGCGUUCGUCGAAGAAUCUCGUUUCGAAACCGCGCAGUGUGUGCCCGCGAGGGGAAUAAUCGCGCGUGUGUGAUUUUGUGGAGGACGCCGAGGACGAUCGAACCAGUGCCAUAAAUACGCCGACGUUGACAGUCUCUGUUUCAGUUUCGAAUCGCCGACGGCAAUCGGAUCACGAUACUCCAACCACGAUACUUAACUCUUAACCGGUGUUACUCGAUUUCGUCGCUACGUUAUACACUGAUCCCAAUUAAGAGACGACGAUAAAGAUAUUAUAUCGAUACGAUUGUGAUUGUUAUACGAUGAAGAAAUCGGCGAUCGAGAUGAAUAUUAUGUGAACACGAGAUAAAUACGAUAAAUAGUUAGAGAAGUAUGGACGAGAAUGAGUGAAGAAUCGCGUUUCAGACUCACCGGUUGUGGGUUAUGCUUGAUUCAUCCUGUCUCUUUCCCUCUGUCAUUAUGUACAUACUACUUGCAAAGAUAUUUAUUGAAAGUGUACACGAGAUAUGUGAAAUACAAUGCUAUUUAUAUGGAA